AUGAUAUUUGAACUUGCCGACCACGUACAGUCAUUUCUCAGUGAGUAUAAUAAACCACCUUCCAAGUCUUUUCAUGAAGAAAUGCUAAAAAAUCAUCAAAAAGAACAAGAAAGACUGGCUCAGGAGGAAUUGCGUAGGGCGCAAGAAGUUAAGAGAAGAGAGGAGCAGGAGCAACGUGAAAUCCUUAAUGAGAUUCAGAGAAGGGAGGAAGAGAAAAGAGAAGAAAGAAAAAAGAAAGAGAUUGCCAAACAGGAACGUUUGGAAAUAGCUGCUCUGACAAGUCAAGAAAAUUCUCACAGGAGAGAUACUGCAGGAUAUAGAGUUGCUUCCAGUUUAAAUGGGAGCUGUUUGGAACAUGGAGUGAAUAAUAAACAUCGACCAAAUUCAGCUGGACGUUCAAAACGAGAACGCCAGCUUUCUGUUAGUAAUAACGAAGAGUGCCCUGGAAAUUACGAAGUUUUGAACUUCAGCACGAGUGGUGCCGGACAACUUAUUGUCCAUAAAGGAAAAUGUCUAGGCAAGGAUGGACAGCUUGGUAAAUCAGUCUACAAUGCCUUGGAAAUUCGCAGUGGAGACUUUGUUUUAAUAUAUGAGUGGGUUCUGCACUGGCAAAAAAAGAUGGGAAGAUUUCUUACAACACAUGAAAUAGAAAAGAUUGAGAAGUGUAAGAAACAGCUUCAGGGUGCAGAAGCAGAGUUCAGCUCACUGACAAAGCUAAGUCACCCAAACAUAGUACAUUAUAAAUGUAUGAACCUGAAAGAACGGGACGAUUCAAUUGUGGUGGACAUUUUAGUGGAACACAUAAGUGGUUGCAGCCUUUCUACAUAUUUACACAAAGAGACUCCGGUUCCAGUUGAGCAGUUGCGCCAUUAUGUGACCCAGAUCUUGUCAGCUCUCGACUACUUGCACAAUAAUUCAGUUGUGCACAAAGUUCUUUGUGCUUCCAGUAUCCUGGUAGAUGCUGAAGGAAACAUCAAGGUGACAGACUACAGCAUUUCCAAGCGCUUAGCUGAUAUCUGCAAAGCAGAUGUUUUUGAGCAAACCAAAGUUCGUUUUAGUGAGGAUGGUCUUCCCAGCAAACCUGGGAAAAAAGGAGAUGUAUGGAGUCUGGGCUUGCUUCUGCUUUCACUCAGCCAGGGCCACGUAACCAAGGAGUAUCCAGUUGCUGUUCCUACCAAUUUACCUGCUGACUUCCAAGACUUUCUGGAAAAAUGUGUUUGCUUGGAAGAUAAGGAAAGAUGGACUCCUCAGCAGUUGUUACAACAUAGUUUUAUAAACAUUCCACGUAUGAAAAUGCCUGUAGCUGAAGAAAAUCUAGAUGAUUCGGCAGGCAUAGAUUGCGUGGAGACAGUUGUACCCAGCAGUCAGAUAUCCAGUGCUUCAUUCUUCACGGAAACACAGAGACAAUUUUCACGCUACUACAAUGAGUUCGAAGAGCUAAAAUUACUUGGCAAAGGGGCUUUUGGGGCAGUCAUCAAGGUGAGAAAUAAGCUUGAUGGUUGCUAUUAUGCUGUGAAACGUAUCCGCGUAAACCCUGCCAGCAAGCAAUUUCGGAGGAUUAAGGGGGAAGUAACAUUACUUUCCCGCUUGAACCAUGAGAAUAUUGUGAGAUAUUACAAUGCUUGGAUAGAAAAACAUGAAAGUCCUGUUCCCACUGUGUCAUCAUCUGAAACAAGCGAAGAGAAAAGAAUGCCCACCAAAUCUGGUCUCUUCAUCCUUACCACUGAGGAGACAAAUGACGUGGAAGCUAAUGCUCCUCCUCCGGUUUUGACAAGUUCAGUUGAGUGGAGUACUUCGUGUGAAAGAUCCUCCAGCAACAAAUUCAGUGGAGCUGAUCAGGAGUCAAGUGAUGAUGAUGAUGACGGUGAUGGGGUGUUCUCGCAUUCAUUUCUGCCAACCACAGAUUCUGAAAGCGAAAUAAUUUUUGAUAACGAGGAUGAAAACAGUAAAGGUCAUCCUCCAGAUGAAGAAGGCAAUGAAAAGAAUAGCCAUGGAGGAGAAGACCGGACAGCAGUCAUUCAGACAGUGCAUUACCUGUACAUUCAGAUGGAGUACUGUGAAAAAAGCACAUUAAGGGAUACUAUUGACCAAGGAUUAUAUGAAGACACCAGUCGGCUUUGGAGGCUUUUCCGAGAAAUUUUGGAUGGGUUAGCUUACAUCCAUGAAAAGGGAAUGAUCCACAGAGACUUGAAACCUGUGAACAUUUUUUUGGAUUCAGAUGAUCAUGUCAAAAUUGGUGAUUUUGGUUUAGCUACAGACCAUCCAGCAAGUGCAGUGGUCUCUAAACAAGAAGAAAAUCACUCGGAUAGUUCUAUGUCUGACCCAUCAGGUAAUUUGACAGGGAUGGUUGGCACCGCACUGUAUGUCAGCCCAGAGGUCCAAGGAAGCACUAAGUCUACAUACAAUCAGAAAGUGGACCUCUUCAGUCUGGGUAUAAUUUUCUUUGAGAUGUCUUACCAUCCCAUGAGUACUGCAUCAGAAAGGAUCUUUGUUCUUGGUCAGCUAAGACUGCCCACUAUUGUAUUUCCUAAAGACUUUGAUGAAGUCAAGCAUGCAAAGCAGAGAUCGGUUAUUACAUGGCUCCUGAACCACGAUCCUGCAGCACGACCAACAGCUGUGGAGCUGUUAAAAAGUGAACGUCUUCCACCACCACAAAUGGAAGAGUCUGAACUCCAUGAAGUACUCCACCAUACCUUAGCAAAUGUGGAUGGAAAGGCCUAUCGGACUAUGAUGAGUCAGAUAUUUUCACAGCGUAUAUCUCCAGCUAUAGACUAUACCUAUGACAGUGAUAUGCUGAAGGGUAGUUUUUCUAUUUGGGCAGCCAAGAUACAGCAGCAUGUAUGUGAGACUGUCAGCCGGAUAUUUAAAAGACACGGAGCCAUCAAGCUGCAUACUCCACUGCUAAUGCCCAGAAAUAAAAAACUAUACGAACAUAAUGAAGCUUCAUAUUUCAUGGAUCACAGUGGGAUGCUGGUAAUGCUUCCUUAUGACCUCAGAAUUCCUUUUGCAAGAUUUGUAGCUAGAAAUAACAUAUCAAACUUGAAAAGAUACUGUAUAGAGCGAGUUUUCAGACCUCGGAAGUUAGACCGCUGUCAUCCCAAAGAACUCCUAGAAUGUGCAUUUGACAUCAUUACAUCUACUGGAAACAGCUUUUUGCCUAUAGCAGAAACAAUUUAUGCCAUUUCAGAAAUCAUUCAAGAGUUUUCAGUGCUACAGGAAAGAAAUUAUAGUAUUUACUUGAACCACACUGCCUUACUGAAAGCUAUACUUUUGCACUGUGGGAUACCAGAGGACAAACUCAAUCAAGUCUACAUCAUUCUGUAUGAUGCUGUGACUGAAAAGCUAACUAAAAGAGAGGUAGAAGCCAAAUUCUGUAACCUUUCUCUCACAUCAAAUAGUCUUUCUCGACUCUACAGAUUCAUUGAGCAGAAGGGAGAAGCAAGUAAUGUAUUUCCAUUUUUAAACACAAUGAUAAAACAAAAGCCAGGUGUCACUCAGCUGUUGAAGCAUGGCAUGAAGGAUUUAGAGGAAAUCAUUGGUCUGUUAAAGCAACUUGGAAUAAAACUUCAG